AGAAGAAAGAUGUCUGAAAGCAAUUGAAGAACCUAAGUGGUGAUAUGAGAGAGGCUUCAUUACAAACCGGGGACAUUCAUCUGAGAUUCUCUUCCUACCAUUUCCUUUGGUUUUGAUUCUCCCAGAGAGAGAGAGAGAGAUGGGAGUGCUUUCCAAUAUGAUCGACCGUGAAAAUCUGAAACUCGGUGAUCACAUUUACUCUUGGAGGCAAGCCUACAUCUAUGCGCACCACGGAAUAUAUGUUGGCUGUGGAAUGGUGGUCCACUUUACCAGAGGAGCAGGUCAAGAAAUUGGAACAGGGACUGUGUUGGACAAUUUCCUUUUAAGUUCAUCUCCCACUCAUUCGAUUGACACUCCAUGCCCAAUAUGUGCUGACCAAACUAGGACCGAUGGUGUCUUAUGUUCCUGUUUGGAUUGUUUUCUUUCUGGUGGCAAUCUAUACAUCUUUGAGUAUGGGGUAUCACCUGCAUUUUUUCUAGCCAAAGCUCGAGGAGGUACCUGCACUCUUGCUCCAUCUGAUCCAGUUGAAGAUGUCCUUCAUCGUUCUUCAUUUCUUCUCGAAAAUGGGUUUGGUGGCUACAAUGUUUUCAAGAAUAACUGCGAAGACUUUGCAAUUUACUGCAAAACAGGCCUGCUUGUGUCCACAAACAUCAGUGUUGGUCGCAGUGGGCAAUUGGCAUCUUACGUAUCUGCUGCUAGUACUGUAGUUUCCACACCGCUUCGUUUUAUGACCACCAGUUUCAGUGGUUUGGCAUUGGUUAGUGUUGGCAUGUACUGUGUCGGAAGGUUGAUGUCUGAUAUUGGAGUACGCCGUGAUGUGCUGAAAGUUCCAGUGGAAAGGCUUACAGCUACACCUGGCCUGGAUAUAUCAGAGAGGACAACUGAGAUGGCCAAGGAAGAUUAAUGUUGUUGAUGGUUACUGGUAGACAUGUGAAGUUACAUUCAACUCCCUCCAACAUCUACUGUUUUUAUUUCUGCAGUUUAUAUUUAUGUGACAUGUUCAUAAACCAAUCUAUCAUUUGGGUGCAAAAACAUUCUCGCUACCUUGUUAAUAUAUUAUGAAACACAGGAUUUCCCCUAUAGCUUGACUUCUGUUAUCUAAAUAACGUGACAAUAGUCAGGUCUGUGCAA